AUCCGUGCGCGUCCGUCGUUCCCCCUCUGAUUGCAAAGAGGGUUAUCUAUCAAUCCCAUUGUUCCAAUCCAAACCCGCCCUCGACUACCAAGAAGAACGCAUUGUUUCUUUUUUCUUCCACUUCCCGUCGUGGACUCGAAGAUUCCAACAGACCGAGGUGAUUGUGCCUCACUUAGUUAGGUCCGCCAUAUUGAUCUCGCGAUAUCUCGACGCUGCUUGACGGAUCUUUCUUUUUGACGAACAGGUUCAAGUGAGCGAGGCGACUCACUGCGUAUUGAGUGAGGUGAACUGCGGAGGCAGGAACGACCUCACGAAGCCCGACGUGCCUAAUCGACCUCGGAAUCCAAGAGCUCUCACCACCACUUUACAACUUCUCUCAUCUCUCACUCAUCACACAUACGACACCCACCCAAACCAACAACUCAUCAAACCACCCUCUCACACCUCAUUCACACACACAAGAAAAAAUGUCAGCACCAUACUACACCCCCCAACGACCCUACUUCCCCCCUUCAAACCACCCCUCGGCAUCCUCCUCCACCUCAACCUCUCGUCCCGGCGGCACAUCAGGAGCAACACCCUCCUUCACACCAGCCAUGCGCGACCGCCAAGCCCGCGGAAAAGACCCGUACUCACCGCACGACAGCCCAUCAGACUCGGAUCUCGAGUUUGAUGGCCCCGGCGGGGGCUCGCCUUCGAGGAGCGGGGUGGGUAGGUUGGGACAUCUUGGUCCGGGAGGCGGACAUCACGGUGGUGGUGCUGGUGGUGGUGGGAUGUUAGCUGGAGGAGGAGGAGGUGUUGGAGAUGGUGAUUCCCACGAGGUUAGGAGACGGAAGCUUUGGGCUGUUGCUGUGCUUGAGGAUCCGGAGAAGUUGGCCAUGUAUGCGUGUAGUCGCGGAGACAGCAUCCCCGGAACCCGCCUCCACUUCACCCGCAUGCUCUGCGGUUUUGACGAGGAGCCGACGCUGCAGCAGCUGCAGCAGUCGGACCACCGCAAGGUGUCAUCGUCUUCGGCGUGGCGGGAUCCGAGACGGCGGAGCGCUGGAGGGGACCGGAUGGGUCGUCAUUGAUCGGGGAAGGGGGAUGGAGGACAUUUCUACCUUGUUACUCUUUUUUUAAACGGCCUUUCUUCACUUACGACUUGGGGGGGUGUGUGUGCGACUGGCGGGUUAUGGCGUCGGGACUUUUGAUUUUGGAAUUGGG